ACUUCAAGAAGCAAAAUUGAAAUUAAUUCCAUUUAAUAAAACAAAAGUGUUGUUAUUGGAUAAAGAAAAUUAGGAUUUAAACCUUUCAAACCUUGUUUCUUUAUGAAAUGUUUAUAAUUAUUAUAAGCUAUACGAAUGUGUUUUGAAAUGAAUUUACAGACAUUAUUUCAAGACUUUAACCCCAGCAAAUUCGUCAUUCACACUUGUCUUCUAAUAUUUACUGCAUUAUUAGCGCUGAAGUUAGAUAAAACCAUAACAUGGUCAUAUUGGGCAGUAUUUACUCCAAUAUGGAUUUGGAAAUUUCUUGUCGUGCUCGGGGCCACUAUUGGAACUUAUGUGUGGUGGCAGUAUCCUCACUUCAGAUUGGAGGGAGAAGCAUACAUCCAUUAUAAAGCUAUGCUGAUAAGUCUUGCCAUUCACCUAAUAUUACUUAUGUUUGAGUUACUUGUCUGUGACCAGUUAACUACCAGCCGCCAUGUAUGGAUCCUAGUCUUUAUACCUUUAAUCUUUAUAAGUAUAGUUUCCAUUGCCAUCUGUAUAUGGUCAGUAAAACAUGAUCGAAGUUAUGAGUUGGAAUUAUUUUGUGCAGUGAAUAUACUUCAGUUUAUAUUCUUGGCCUUGAAAUUGGAUAAAUUUAUACACUGGUCCUGGGAGGUUGUGUUUGUCCCACUAUGGAUAUUAAUGUGCCUCAGCCUUGUAGGCGUUUUAUACAGUAUCAUAUUUGCUGGAAUUUUACUACGAACUCCCGAAGUUAACGUACAGCAGAGACGCACAAGCUUCAACUCAGCACUUGCCUACACUUUCACUGUGAUACCUAUCUUGGUAUUCCAGGUUCUAUUAACUAACAAGUUAGAUGAUGGCCUAUCAUUUACUUAUAUAGUGAUAGUGAGUCCGCUAUUCAUCAGUUAUGCCACACUAAUUAUUAUGUCGUUCAGUUCAAAAGGAGGAAACAAAUGGUGGUUUGGUAUCCGAAAAGAUUUCUGUCAAUUCUUGUUAUCCGUAUUUCCACUGUUGCAAGAAUACGCGAAUAUCGCUUACAACAACAAUAACAUGAACCGCUCUAACGGGAUCCCGAAUGAGCUUCCCGCGAACCAGGAGCCUUACAGAGAUGAGGAGACCCACAAAAAAGUCAAAGAGAACAAGAGAUCGGCUAAGAAUCAGAAAAAAAACGAAGCUAUGAAACCAGUCGUGCCCAUUACCAGCAUAGACAUGCCGGACUGAAUUCCUCAUGGUCGCUUGCGGUUCAAAAAUCAUGUGUUCACGUUGUACGGUACGUAGAUAUAACUAAACGGGCUUCGGAUACCCUUACACAGCAAACCUUAUUUAUUGUUAAGUUUGUUAAUAAGCAUUAAGCUUGAUACGCUGUUAGGUAAAAGAUAUUAACUAACAUUUACUUUUUAUUGUUGUUCGAUUUAAGGUAUUAUUUUAUAUGUGUAUAGAUGCGAUUUGUUACCUUUUGUAACACUGAUUAGUACGCGUACCUACCUUUUAUUUUUUUUACAAAGUUGAGCAUUUUAGUGUAAUGUUGCGUUCAAAUCAAAUGCAAGUAUUUUAUAAGUUAUUUUCCCAGUAUUUUAGUUUAAUUAAAUACGCGAGCGCGGUUGUGGUUCACGCGUUUCAAAUACACACCUAUAAAAUUAUU